CAGUGACCCAAGCGCUGCUAUCACCGCCUCUCACCUUCUGUUUGCUAAGUGGCUAUCUGUAGACUAGGGAAAGUGUGCGGAAUGGAUUGAAAGCGAAAUUUCUAUUAGGAAAAUAACACGCCUGGUGCAGUGGAUCCUACCUUAGGGCCACCAUGUUCGGUCGGUCGCGGAGCUGGGUUGGACAGGGAAGGGCAAGGAACGUUCACUCCUUGGAUCAGCUGAAGUAUUUGUACCAUGUCCUGACCAAAAACACCACAGUGACUGACCACAACAGAAACCUGCUGGUGGAGACAAUCCGCUCCAUCACUGAAAAUCUCAUCUGGGGAGACCAGAAUGACAGCUCUGUGUUUGAUUUCUUCCUGGAGAAGAACAUGUUUGCUUUCUUCCUCAACAUCCUUCGACAAAAGUCUGGCCGUUACGUGUGUGUGCAGCUCCUUCAGACUCUCAAUAUUCUGUUUGAGAAUAUCAGCCAUGAGACGUCCUUAUAUUAUCUCUUGUCAAACAAUCACGUGAACUCCAUCAUCGUCCACAAGUUUGACUUCUCUGAUGAGGAGAUUAUGGCCUAUUAUAUUUCUUUUCUCAAGACACUUUCACUUAAACUAAACAACCACACAGUGCACUUCUUCUACAAUGAGCACACUAAUGACUUUGCCCUGUACACUGAGGCCAUCAAGUUUUUCAACCACCCUGAGAGCAUGGUGCGCAUCGCAGUCCGGACCAUCACGCUCAAUGUUUACAAAGUGGACAACCAGCACAUGCUCCAUUACAUAAGAGAUAAGACUGCGGUCCCCUACUUCAGUAACCUGGUCUGGUUUAUCGGCAGCCAUGUGAUUGAACUGGACAAAUGUGUGCAGACUGAUGAAGAACAUAAAAACCGUGGAAAGCUGAGCGACCUGGUGGCGGAGCACUUGGACCAUCUGCACUACCUGAACGACAUCCUCAUCAUCAACUGUGAGUUCCUCAACGACGUUCUCACGGACCACCUGCUCAACCGCCUCUUCCUGCCUCUCUACGUCUACUCCCUGAUCAACCCCGAAAUCUCUGAAGAGCGAAAAAUCAACCCUCAAGUCUCUCUCUAUCUGCUGUCUCAAGUGUUCUUGAUCAUCCACUACCAGCCUCUAGUCAACUCUUUAGCCGAUGUGAUCCUCAAUGGGGACCUGUCUGUUUUCACUCAGCAAACAGACAUCCAAAGUGCACAUACGUUUAUGGCCAGUGCAGGUGGAAUGCGUCGCUUCAUCAAGCCCCCCGAGUCACUGGAGCGCUCUCUGGAAAUGUCCCGUCACCGUGGCCGCAAAAAGACCCAGAAGAGGCCCAACUAUAAGAACCUGGGCGAGGAAGAGGAGGAAGAGCGGGCGGGCUUAGGCGGGGGUGAGGGGGACGAUGGCUGGGACGAGAGAGAGGGGGUCCGAGAGAAGGCCAAAGGUACAGAGGGAGUGGCAGGUGGGAGCUCUAAGGGAAGCAGAGCCAGUGGGGAGACAGCCGAAGAGAUAGAGAUGGUGGUCAUGGAUAAAUCUAAGGUGUCAGAGCUCACCGAACAAAACAUCACUGACGAGGAGAAGACGGCAGCAGCAACCUGCAUGUACACACAGAGGCAUUUGUGUUUGUGAAGGCCCUUUUUAGACAUGGUGUACACGGCCCUGGACUGCACUACAGAUGACUAUCAGGCCCUGUUUGUCCUGUGCCUGCUCUAUGCCAUCUCCCACAGCAAAGGUAUAAACCGAGACGUGUUGGAGCGGCUACAGCUGCCUGUGCCUGAGCAGCAGAGGAGCUCCUACAGUGUGGUGCUGGUGGAGAGACUCAUCAGGAUCAUGAGCCAGUGUGCACAGCCAGAUGGCAGAGUGCGCCUCGCCACUCUGGAACUUAGCUGCCUUUUAUUGAAGCAGUCUGUGCUCUCUGGCAACGACUGCAUAAUAAAAGACGUUCACCUCGCGUGCCUUGAGGGCGCUCGUGAAGAAAGCCUCCAUCUGUUGCGCACAUUUUACAAGGGGGAGGAGAUAUUCCUGGACAUGUUUGAGGAUGAGUACAGGAGCAUGACGAGUAAACCCCUAAAUGUGGAGUAUCUCAUGAUGGAUGCCUCCAUUCUCCUGCCCCCAACCGUCACCCCUCUCACGGGCAUCGACUUUGUGAAGAGGCUGCCCUGUGGGGAUGUGGAGAAGACAAGACGAGCCAUUCGUGUGUUUUUCAUGCUGCGCUCGUUGUCACUCCAGCUUCAGGGAGAACCAGAGACACAGCUGCCUCUGACCAGACCCGAGGACCUCAUCAAGACUGAUGACGUGUUAGAUCUCAAUAACAGUGACCUCAUCGCCUGUAUGGUGGUCAGUAAAGAUGGGCUCCAGGCACAGAGGUUCCUGGCUGUGGACAUCUAUCAGAUGAGCCUUGUAGAACCGGACACCAAACGCCUUGGAUGGGGUGUGGUCAAAUUUGCUGGCCUUCUUCAAGACAUGCAAGUCUCAGGUGUUGAAGACGACAGUAGAGCCUUAAACAUAGUGAUCCAUAAACCCAGUUCGAACCCCCACGCCAAGCCCUUGCCCAUUCUGCAGGCCAACUUCAUAUUUGCUGACCACAUACGCUGCAUCAUCGCCAAGCAGAGACUGGCCAAAGGACGCAUCCAGGCCCGGCGAAUGAAGAUGCAGAGGAUUGCAGCUCUCUUAGACCUCCCUGUGCAGCCAAGUGCCUCUGAAGUGCUGGGUUUUGGACAGACCGUGAAUCCAUCACCAGGAGGCCUCCCAUUCCGCUUCUACGAGCAGUCUAGACGAGCCCCCAACGACCCCACGGCGAACAGAUCUGUUUUCGCUUCUGUGGAUAAAGUACCAGGCUUUGCAGUGGCCCACUGUGUGUCCCAGCACAGCCCCUCCCCCCUGUCCUCCCCCUCUCCCACCUCCAGCGGCAGUGGAAGCACAGGUCGCUGUGAUUCUGUCACCAACAGUACAGUGUCAACACAGAGCCCUGCAGAUGAGAGCGUGUUGUCUGCAUAUACCCCCCCUGCCUCUUCAGCACCAGAAGAGGGCGCUCCUGCCUCUGCACACGGCCCUGUGCUGGCCCCCAGCCUGACCCCAGCCGCCCAGCCCACCAUCUCCCUCCUCACAGACAACACCACGGACAGCCUCAGUGUGGAGUCACUCACUCUACUGCCCCCUGCUGACUCGCCGCACCUCCACCCCUGCACCAGCCACCCCCCCAAAGGACAGGACACCAUCACAGAAGAGGAAGAGGAGGGAGAGAAGGAGCCAGGACACACGGGAGAUGAGGAAGAAGAGGAGACAGAUGCUACUGUUAAAGAAGAGCAAAUGACACCCACUGAUGAAGACUCACCCGAGCACCCACAGUCCAAUGUGACACCAUAGACUCACCUGAACUGGACUAGGACUCAAGCACAGGAGCACGACCAGUGUUUGUACCACUAUCAACACUCAAGUGAUCUAUUUAAAACAUGACUCUCGUUAGGGGAGAAGACCUGCACCAGCGUGUCCUCAGUACACGCGUCAAUAGGCACAACCAGCAACCUUUCUACUCCUUCUGUUUUCAGAGUCUCUCACAGGCUUUUAAUGGACUUUUUCUGUGGAUGUGUCCGUCCUUGCCACUGCAGACAUCAUGCAAAUGUGUUUUUAGCUCUUUGUUUUAAUCAGAUACCAUCACACAUACUUCACCUGCCACAAACAACAGCUGCUGUGUCCUUACAGUGUGUGGGGCGUGUCUGUCUCAAUACUACUGUUUAGGGCUGGGCGAUAUGGUGAUAAAAUUCGAGUAGUGAUCUUAUGCAAGGGAGGAUAUACUAUUUUCACUAUUUCUCCUAUUUAAUGUAAGUCUUUGGGCAAACAGACACUCCCUCUUCUCUCAUAGGUUCGUCCUGACUGUAAAUAGACAAAACUAACCCUCUAGUGAACCUGCCUUGUUCUAAAUAGAAACUCUUCUUGUGCUUCUGGCUCCAUCGACUUUAAUUGACUACAUUGAAAAAUUGUCACCCCUCUCUCACUAACUGUUGCAGCGAGUCUCAUCAUUUGGUCUUAAAAUGUUCGUAUUAACCCCCUCUACGUGAUCCUGGGUUUUUCAUUUCGCAAUUUUGUCCGUAAAUAAAUUUCUGUUCCCAAUAAGUAGCUUCAUAUUUGUCCCAUAACCACUAGCAUCAUUAAGGCUGGAUAUCAUUUAGAAGUUGUCGAUACGAUGCAUACCUCGAUACAGUGAGCUUUCUAUUCAAUAGGAUAUAUUUCAAAUUGAUUAGUUAAAAAAUAUUUGCUUAAUCAUGGCUGUGAUGAUUUGUUAAACCACUUUUUGUGUAAAGUUAAUAUGAAACGCCCACUUUAAUCAUCAAAAUGGUGAAAAUGCGAAAUGUGUUGCACAAACGAAUUUCCUGCCUCUAAACAAGCAACAAAACUGUAGCACUGUAACAAAAUAAUUUAGUAAAAUAUACCAAAAAAUACUCUUGGUGAUAUAUCAAUACAGCAGCCCACAAUAUCGAUACUGUAUCAGCACAUUAAACGACACGAUAUAUCAAUAUUUCAGUAUUUUUGCACACCCCUAAGCAUCAUGUCCACUUCUUUUUACAGUCUGUGGUUCCUAUAAGGCUCUGAGUGAGUGACAGCGGAAUUAAACCAAUCGCAGAGAGGCGUGAUUAUUUAAAAGAUGCAGAUGACUUUAUUUACAUCUUAGCAUCAAAGCGUACAUGAAAAUGAAAAUGAAAAUUGUGAUCGAAUUCUUUGCCAUAUCGCCCACCCCUACAACCAUCUGUGCUUUUCACACUCUUCGAUUCAGGCUACCAGUUGUGUAUCAUUCAUUUUAACACACACGAACUAAGAAACAGGUAUAAACUUGGGCCGCGUUGAGUUCUAUAUGUUGAAGUGCAAUAUCGUGAAUUUAAUCUGCAGUUUUAUGGCAACGUCACAUUUGAUAAGAGUCCAAGAGGGUUGACGCUCACUGAAAUAAACACGCUAAAUAUAGACGCACACCGUGAAUGAACAGCUACGAUGACUGCAGUCUAAUGUUCCGUAUAGCUGCUUUACUAAUUAACCCGUGGCUUGUGUCUCACAUGGCCAGCAGUGCGUGAAUGUACAGUCAGCACGCCCUGCCAUGCACCAACAGCAUCAGUCGUGUUCCUGGAAGCACUUGACACGGACUGUACCUUAACAGACCGGAUCGAAACGAGAACUCAAGACCUUCUGAAAAUGCUCUUUCUCUGCGACAUGACUAAGCUGUAAUUUGGAGAGUAGCGCAGCCUCUCUCACUUUGUGUAAUGAGUGAAACAACACAGCUUUACUUCUGCAAAAGCUAAUCAGAGCUGACAGGUGAAUGUAAUACAAGUUUCCGUAUGCUGGCGUCUCUCUGUACGUUUGAAUGGGAUUUCUAAGUCUAUUUUGGACACAAACAAAGCACAGAAUGUCAUAGCGACCUCUCACGGCCAUUGAUCUUUGACUUUUUCCUUUCUGUGCCAUUAUAUUGUACAGUCUUAAUGAUUAUUACGAGUGGGUUGUUUCUUACACUGUACAGUCAUCCACUUUAUAAAUAAGAAAUUCAGAGCAAUACUCUCUUUAUGGAGUUUUUCUCUUAGUAUUUCCUUAUGGUUCUUGUAAAUAGCAGCAGAAUGGCAGUGGUAGUGAUCACUGGUGCACUGGGCUUGGAUCUGUGACAACUUCCAGUGCUCAUUUAUGAUAGAGGUGGGCUAUAUGUUGUUAUGUACUAAGUAAUACUGAUAUUUUGAACAAUACACGAUUAGAAUAUUGUCUAUAAAAUCAUUUAAAAUCUGCUGAAAUUAAGCUUGGGCUGCACUUUAUAAUGAUUGCAUCUUAAUUAUCAUUAAUCACGCAUCAAGAAAGACUGAAUUCAUAAUAAACAAAUAGCUACUGAGACACUAAACCUGAAGCAUUCCUCAUAAACUAACUUAAUUAAAGGGUUAGGGUAUUAGUUUAGUUACUAAGCCUUAAUCAUUCUUAGCAGGGUUGCAAGAUAAAUCGCACAUCAUGUCAAAAUUGCAAUUUAACCGGAACUGUGUCCAUAAAAACAGCUGACUCAGUUUAGUUUAAAUCUGUGCGAACAUGCUCUGAAAUGUGAUUCUGGCGUUAGUUGCCUAGUUCAUAUUUCAGUAACAGAGAAUCGCUUGUAAAAACAUAAACUGCAAAUCAAAUCGUAAACACCAUGCUUCCCAGAAAGGAAGCAAUUCAGUAUUUUUUCCCAAAUCAUUCAGACUUUAAUGUUAAAAACUGACUCUUGUGAGCUUUAAGCCAUGUUAUAAUGUUAUUACCUCCUCAAAAACAAACCUGUACAUAUCUGUAGUCUGUAUUUUUCAAGUUAACACCUCCUUUUACCUUUAGUUUAGCAGAGAUUGGAAAUUCCAGAGCGGAAAUGAUCCAAAUAACUCUGGUGAAGGUGCAUGGAGUUUAAAAACACAGUGGAUCUCAUGACAUCACAAGGUGGAACAGGGUGUUUUCUGUUUGAGCGAAGCCUAAAUAUGCAAGAUUUGUGUGUUAAACAUUAAGCAAAUGAAACAAAAGGGAACUCUAGGUGUGUUUUUGAUGUGGAAACAACAUUAUAACAUAGAUCAGGAAAUGGCAUCAUAUGGACCCUUUAAGUCUUGAGGUAAUUCAGAUAAUUAGGUGUAAUUAUUAUAAAGUGCUACCGAAACCUUUCAUGUGACCUUUCAAAACUUGCUAGAAAGUGGUUUUUCCUCACUUUUGUUUUCAGUCAUACUUGCACAUUCACUUUUUGUGCAAUACUGGAACCUCAACCAAACCAUGUACUCAUAUUCCAACGCAAUACUGGAUUGUGGAAAAUCAGAUAAUUACUGAAAUAAAACAAAACUAAAUUGUGUACCAAUAUGGCCCACCUCUAGCCUAUAUGAUUGUAGUGUGCGUGUGUACGUUUGUAUGCCCUGUAAAUGCUUUUGACUGUAAAAUUAUUGAAGAAAAAGUAACUGCAAUAAAUUAUUCUACUACAACAACCUUC